AUGGCUUUGAUGGUCGCCAACUUUUCUUCUACUUCAACUGCGCAGCUCGUAGCUAGCAGAUUUCUUCGCUUUCAUGUGAGCGUAUCCGACCAAGGCUGGGGGGGUUAUACGAGUAUAUCCAAUUCAACGUUGCAGAUUUUGUUUGUCAAGCCAAACACCUCAAAUGUCGAGGCAGAAACUGCAUUUGGUUCCUUCAUCGAAUUCACCCGAAAUGCCACCGAUGCCCAAACCCUAAGUAUUUACCAGACUUACCCUGGAUUUUUGGAUUGGUAUCAGGCCAUCUUUGGAUCGAGAACGGGGCAGGUUGGCUCAGCAGUCGAGAUUACUUCACGUUUGCUUCCGCGAGAAAUAGCACUCCGUGACCCGGAUAGAGCUGCGAAACUCAUGUUGUCUAUUGAUGGAGGUUGCACAACAAAUUCUGUCGGAGGUGGUGCUGUUGCAGACGUUGAUCCCUUGUCCACUGGACUGAAUCCGUCUUGGAGGGCCUCAAUUGCAGAAGUGUAUUCUGUUGAAACGUGGCCAGAGGGUUCGUCAGCAGAGACGAUUUUAAAGGCCAGAAACCGAUUAAAAGGUAAGACUGACAUUCUUGACAAAUUUACAACUGACUCGGCAGCAUAUUUAAACGAGGCAUCUCUCCAUGAAAUUGAUUUCAAAAAAUCAUUUUUUGGAAGUCAUUAUGAAAAAUUGAAGGCUGUAAAGGACAUUUAUGACUCCACGUCCCUCUUUACUGUCCCGCUUGGUGUGGGGUCUGAUGACUGGGAUAGUGAAUUAGAGUGCCGCCUCAAUACAAGGCAAUAA